AUGCAUGUGAGAAAGGCAAACCUCGACGAGGCUUCUACGAUUGCCUGGGUUGGAACGCAAGCUUUUCAGAAGGAUCCUAGCUAUGGCCACUUUUACCCUUGGAAAGACUACUUUCCGGAGGACUUCUUCAUGCAUCUCCGUCGCAAAUACCAGCGUUUGAUGGCCACGCCCGGCUGCUGCAUCAUCGCCUUAGUGCUCGACAAGGAGGACGAGCAACCGAACAAGACAAGACCACCCACAGCGCCGGCUCCAUCAUUGGAUUUGCCACAUUCCAGAGGUCUGGGGGCACCCACGAACAGCGAGAUGCGUGUUGUCCGCCAUAUGCUCGACCUCGCCGAGGCCACGGAGCCACCGAACCGGGCGGCGAGCCAAGAGGCCCUGGACGACUUUUGGCGACAGGAGCUGAUCGGGCACAACUCGACCGAGUUUACGGACAAGAUUGACUUUUACACGCUGGCCAUGCUGCCAGAGUACCAGCGUAAAGGGUGCGCCGGACACCUCUUUGCCUGGCUCUUUGAAGCGUCGGCCAGGGAUAAUGUGCCCGUGUUUGGUGAUGCCAGCGCAAAGGCCAUCCGCAUCUACUGCGCCGUCGGGGCUGUCAUCAUCGGCAAGAUUAUGCAGGAGGAGACGACGUACGAACGCACGCUGGGCAACCGGGUGCUGCCGUCCAUCAAAGUUCCACGGUUGGAGACGCCCGUAAUACGCUGGGACAGGCCUGAGCAAGUUUCUGAGACGCUUGCCGUAUACCUUCGUUCUGCACAGCAGGAGAAGGCCAAGUUGUAG